UCUAUCCUAAUCUUGCAAGAUUCCUGGGAAAUUCAUUCUCCUUACUAAGCCUAUAAAUUGGAGCCUUCACCUUCAUUUUAUACACACCAAAAUCUGAGAGAAAAACCAAGAAGAAGGAACUUUCCUUGCUUUGUGCAAUACACGACACUUCCUCUGCCUUUCUUUGUGAAUUUGUCUGUGACUAAAAAUGGCCUUCAAAUUGAAAAUACCUUUGUGGUGUGGAUCGAGUUUCUGAGCCGAAUCAAUAAGGGGAAAUCAUUCUUCAAUUUUAUGCAUUUUUGGUCUUGUUUUCUUUUCCUUGAAUCUUUACAAAUCCUAAACCAAUUGAUUGUUUGAUUUGAUUUGUAGGUGGAUUUGUUGCACAGGUGCAUUUGUAAGAUGGCUAGUGAAUACCAUAGCAUUGGAAAUUUGGAGGUCAAGGAAGAUGAAAUCAAGGCAGGCAAAGACAGUGCCAUGGGCAUAUACAAAGUUGUUGAAGCCUACCUCUUGGAGAAUCCUCGUGUUUAUGCAUAAUUUGAUUUGUUAUUCCUACAGAGAACCUUAAUUUGUUCCGGCAGCAUCAUUCUCCAAUCUCCACGACUCUUCCAGAAAUGGAGAAACCUCGAGUCACAGAGAUACAGGUUCGGAUGGACUGCAAUGGCUGCGUGCAGAAGAUAAAGAAGGCCUUGCAUGGCAUCAAUGGUAUAUAUGAUCUCUACGUUGAUUUUCCUCAGCAAAAGAUAACAAUAAUUGGGUUGGCAGAUCCUCAAAAAAUAGCCAAAGCCAUUAAGAAAACAAGAAAAACUGCAAUCAUUUGUUCACAUUCAGAACCAUCUGAUGAUCAACCAUCAGAACCAGCACCAGAUGGUGGAGAACCUGAGUCCACUAACCAGCCCACGGCAGAAGCAGCCCCACAAGCCGAGGCACCAAAAGAAUCACCACUCCCAGAAAAUCCACCAUCUGAAGCUGCUAAUGGUACUCCAACAAACCAGCCUCCACUUCAACCAAAAGAUAUCGAAGAAAUUCAUGUGAUCCACCACCACGCACCAGAUGGAUGGGGCUAUGGCUAUAGUGAACAAGGGAAUCAACAUGGUAGAGUCGAGCAGUCUCAGGCUCACAGUUACAAUGCCUACAAGCCAACACCUUAUGUGACAGAUUAUGCAUAUAUCAACAGGCUGUCGCCACCUGCCCACUCACAAUAUUACAAUAGGCCUGCAGAUCAAUACACAUACACUAACGAGGAGAAUCGAGCUGGAUCCAAUGGAAAUAUUACUUCAAUUUUUAGCGAUGAAAAUCCAAAUGCAUGCAGAAUAGUCUAGUUUUUGUGGAGACAAAUAUAAUCACCAAACAUUCGUUUCGUUGGCAAUAAUAAUAUAUUGAGAUUAGUACAUAUGUUACUAGUUUGAGAGAUGAAAUUAAUGGAUUGUGAGUGUUCAAAGAAUUUAUUCUGUUGUGGACUAAUGUAUGAUACCAAAGAUUCCUAAUAAAGCUAUAUUUUUUUUUUCCCAGAAUCAUAUUCCUGGGGAGGUGGAUAA